AUGGAGAACCAGGGCGCUUAUCCGGAGUCUAUGGAGCAGGACGAGUCCUACCCAUGCAAGGGCUGUGGAGAGACCCUUGAAGAAGGAAAAGCAUUUGAGCUUGCUGGAAAUCGAUGGCACAUCGACUGUUUCCGAUGCAGUACAUGCAACACUCUACUGGAUUCGGAUGCGCACCUCCUCCUUUUGGGCGACGGAUCACUUAUAUGCAGUAACUGCACAUACAGUUGUAGCUCCUGCAACAACAAGAUUGAGGAUUUGGCCAUCUUAACAGGAGACCAGGCUUUCUGUGCUCAAUGCUUCCGAUGCCGAAAUUGCAAGCGAAAAAUUGAGAACUUGCGCUAUGCGCGUACUUCGCAGGGUAUUUUCUGCAUGGAAUGUCACGAAUCGCUAAUGGCACGGAGGAGAAAACGGAAAGCCGGCGGCAGUAGUGGGAAAAAACCAGCAGCACCUAAUGUGAAGCUGGACAAAUCCUUGCCCUCGUUGCCUCCCCACCUCCUUGAAGAAUCGCAAAUAAACGAUGAGGAGAACAGCGAAUAUACAGGCACGCCUGACCCUAGUAAAAUGGCGGAAACGCCCGAUCUAAAUGAUGAAGGACCCGGAAGCUCAAUUUCAAAUCAGCAGGCUGAUUCAGGGCUGGAACCCUUCUCGCGCGGUGUCUUGUCGCCCGGUCAUGAGCUCUUACUUACCAUUCACACAGAUAAUAUUCUUCUUCCCUCCAGCACAUACCGCAGCAACCGUCAAUCAAUUUCACACAACACCGAUGCAGAUGCAGAUGGCGGUGAACUGUUAAUUCCUCUUGCCUUUGAUCCUUCAGCUGAGGGUAAUUCCUCCCGUGGUCACUCACAGACACGGCAGGAGCCUCCGGGCGACUACUUUAAUCAAGCGUCCCACGACGGCCGUGAAUAUCGACAAGAACCUCCUUCUCGAACAUCUUCCGAUAAUCAUUCUCCCCAUAUUGCCUAUCAGGAGAAAGGUUGGGAAGAAAACAACUCAACUUCACCCGAUAAAGCACCAUUAUCAAGCUCCGAUUCAUCCAAGCCUGCAAAGGGUCGCCACACUCGUAGCUCAUCCGACAUACCAAUCAGCUUCAGAGAGACUAGCAACCUUCCUGGGCCUACUAGCCCCGACAGCACCAGAUCAAAAGAAUUCUCCGGUGACACAAAGCGACACAUUCCAAUGGAUGACUUCACUUCGGCUGGAGCUCGUUCCUCGAAUGAGCUUCAUCGUCACGACCACGGUUCAAUGGACUUGCCGCGCUCUCAACCCUCCGGCUUGCCAUAUCUGCCAAAGCGCGGCGAUUCACUCGAAAGCAAGCUUCACCAAAUUCCGAGAAAAGAGGUCGGAUCGUCACCUGCAUCCUCGCAGUACGGGGACUUGCCUAUGCUCCGUAGCGAUACUUUCGAACAGCCCAUUCAGCAUACUGCCUUGAACACCUCACCGCAUGAAUCGCACCAUUACGAUGGCGCCGGCACAUCGCCCGUGCUACGGUAUGGAGCUGACUUGCCUAUGGACGAGGGAUUAUCGCGCAUCAUCGGUGGCGAUGACACCGUUGGGCAAAACAACGAGUCGUUUCUGCGGCGCGUCUCAAACUCUGUCCGCCAUGGUCGAAGCUACAGUGAGAAGAGUGUGCGGAUCAGCAAAGAUCUCAAGAAUCCUCGAUCACCUACCACUCGAAGCAUCGCCGGAACAGAUGUUGGCAGCCCCAUCACUGGAUCACAGAGUGAAGAGAUCUCUUGGCUUCGCAACGAACUGCGCAAAGAACGUCUGCGAGUUGCAGAACUCGAGUCAGCCGCUCGUACCGCCGCAGAUGUCAAGCAGGUUAACACCGAGCUUUCUGAAAAGCGAUCUACCAUGGUUGUCCUUGACGCUCAGCGCGAGAUUGUUCUACGUGAGCUCACAGUCCUCACUGAUCAUAUGGAGGCUGAGAAACGUGGUGGCCCCAGUGGGCCAUUGGACCUCGGCAAACUCUCCAACCAUGUGCUGCGCGAGCUGGCUGAGUCCAUUCAAAAGCUGAAAGACUCGUUUGCCCCACAAAUUGAAGACCUCAUGCAGAAGCGCAAUGACCUGUCGGAGGAAGUGGAAGCCAUGAACAUUCGACGGGAGAAGAGCUUCCAGGAAUUCGAGCAAUUGUCUUCGAAGAAUGCACAGCUAGCUGAGUUGAACAAUCAGUUGGUUCACCAGAUUCAAGAACUCUACAAAGCCACGGACGGUCAACCGCGACCCAACGGCCUCGGCAUAUCGCACAACAAGCAGAGAUCCACAACCUCCAUUGAGGUCAUGAAACCUCCCUUCAACGACUAUCACGGAUCUACUCACAUUUCGGAAGAGUCCGAGUCUGCUACAGCCACUGUCGUGCCAGGCCCCCAGGUUGUCAGCAUUCGCAAGGGCCAGCCUCGCAAAUUCAACUGGAAAAAGGGCGGACAGAACGUUGCCAAAGGUGUCAAGGGUCUUAAGGGAGCCUUCAUGUCCAGCGAAGGAGGACAGGGACAAGAGGGUGGCGGUGGUAUACCGCGUUCCCAGACUCAGGACCCGAGUCGCCAAGGCUUUGGGUUCUUUGGAAACCAGAGAGGCAAGCAGGGAGGAAAGAUGUCGCAAGCUGACAGCGUGCCUGUGUUGAUUGAAGCUGCCCCCGAUGCUCUUUUCGGUACCGAACUCGAGGCUCGCCAGGAAUACGAAAAAGGCAUGAUUCCAGCCAUCGUCACGCGGUGUAUCCAGGAGGUUGAACUGCGAGGCAUGGACAUGGAAGGAAUUUAUCGCAAGUCCGGUGCCGCUUCCGUCAUCCAAACCAUCCGCGAAGGCUUUGAACGCUCUCCAUUUGAUUACGAUAUCUCGGAUCCCGACCUCGAUAUCCAUGCUGUUACAUCCACUUUGAAACAGUAUUUCCGAAAGCUUCCUAACCCCUUGAUCACUUACGAAGUUUAUGAACUUGUGAUCGAUUCCGCCGAGGUUAACCCUGUGUCCGCGCGAAUUGAACUCAUGCAGAAGAGUCUCCUCGAGCUGCCUCGCGUGCACCGCGACGUCCUGGAGUUCCUCAUCUUCCAUCUCAAACGCGUUGUCGAUCGCCACGAAGAGAAUCUGAUGACCAGUCAGAAUGUUGCAGUGGUCUUUGCGCCGACAAUCAUGCGACCUGAAAGUCUCGCUCGUGAGAUGACUGACGUCCAGAAGAAGAAUGACGUUCUCAAGUUCCUGGUGGAGAACUGCCAGAAAGUUUUCCAGGGUAUGCAGAAGGGCCAGGGUACGCAGCAGGGUCAGGGUAUGCAGCAGGGCUAG